CGCUGUUGCCUCUCUGGUCUGUGAACUUUCCUCCAGUAGUAAAUGGGCGUGUUUGUUCUGUGUGAUCAGUCCUUAGAGUUGCUCCUUACGAAGACGGGACAUGGACUGAAGUUUGACCGGACUGCGCUACAUCUGAGCCACCCGGCUGCUUUUGUAUUCAUCUCAGGGAAUAAAGCGGAGAUGGAGGACUUCUGGGCAGGGGCCCUUUGGGCGCUGAAGAUUUGGCUGUACCUCAUUGUUGGCCUCAUCAUGAUUCCAGCCAUGUUUGGAUUCUCUCUGGGCAUCUCGGAGACCUACAUGACCAUACUGGUCAAAACUUUAGAGUGGGCCACCCUGAAGAUACAGAAAGCCAGCUCAGAUGAGCAAAAACUCAAAGCCUCUGCAUCUAAUGGCCUCAUCCAGAGGGAGGAUGGCUCAAUGGAGAAAGAAUUAGAGGAUCUCAGACGCAGUUGCCCCAAACUACCAGUAGGGGGCAAUUUUACACUCAGUGACUGUUUCUAUUUCACCCGGAAAGGAAUUGAGAGCAUCGUAGAGGAUGAGGUCACUCAGCGGUUCUCCUCAGAGGAGCUGGUUUCCUGGAACUUGCUGACCCGCAACAACAAUGAUUUCCAGUACAUAAGUCUGAGGCUGACGCUGGUCUAUGGCCUGGGUAUCAUUAUAAGAUACUGCAUCCUCGCCCCGCUCAGGAUAACAUUAGCCUGCAUUGGUCUGAGCUGGUUGGUCAUAGGAACGUCUGCAGUUGGAUUACUUCCAAACUGGAGGAUAAAGUUCUGGCUCAGUGAAUGGGUCCAUGUCAUGUGCUACAGAAUCUGUGCUCGGGGUCUCUCCGCUACUAUCCGCUAUCACAACAGGGAAAAUAAACCCAGAAAAGGAGGGAUCUGUGUAGCCAAUCACACUUCUCCUAUCGACAUUGUGAUUCUCUGCAAUGACGGCUGUUAUGCUAUGGUGGGUCAGGUCCACGGAGGUCUGAUGGGAGUCGUUCAAAGGGCCAUGGUGAGGUCCUGUCCUCACGUCUGGUUCGAGAGAGCAGAGAUGAAAGAUCGCCAUCUAGUGACGAAAAGGUUGAAGGAUCAUGUGAAUGACAAGACAAAGCUUCCCAUAUUAAUAUUUCCAGAGGGAACCUGUGUCAACAACACGUCUGUCAUGAUGUUCAAGAAGGGAAGUUUUGAAAUCGGAGCAACCAUAUACCCAGUAGCCAUCAAGUAUGACCUAAAGUUUGGAGAUGCUUUCUGGAACAGCUCCAAGUACAGCAUGGUCAGUUACCUGCUCAGGAUGAUGACCAGUUGGGCCCUCGUCUGCAACGUCUGGUACCUUCCAGCCAUGCACCAGCAGGAAGGAGAAGAUGCUGUGCAGUUUGCCAACAGGGUCAAGUCAGCCAUCGCUCACCAGGGGGGGCUGGUAGAUCUACAGUGGGACGGAGGCCUGAAAAGAGCUAAGGUGAAGGAGACAUUUAAGGAGCAGGAGCAGAAGAAGUACAGCAACAUGGUGGUGGGAGAAGACAGCGGCAGCAACAGUGACUGAGGUCCUUAGUAUUUGGAGAGUAUGAACUGGAUGCAGACCAUUUCCCUCCGAUGUUUUCUCUCUCUAGCUGGACCUCUCAGGGCAUGCAGCACUGAAAUACGGACUUAAACAUACACUGUGAAAACCUUGGGAGGAAAGUGUCAGGGACUGACAGACAGGACGGCGAGUGCAAUAUGGAACUUUGUGAGGAGCAGCCAUAAUGUGAAAAGGGUAAACUGUUUUCACAGCUGCUUACGAUAUCUGCUGCUGCCACUGAACACAGGUGUUAGUGCCACAUAAAAACUGCUCUGGAUGAAAUGUGUCUAUGUAGACGAGGUACUGGUCUGAUGAACUGGAUUCACGAAUGUUUCUAUUCUCACACCCGGUUCAUUCUUUUAUUUUUAAUAAAUUUUACAGAUGGAA